AUAUUAGAUUAUUGUAACGACAAAGAAGAAAGUGAAAUAACGUGCCUUACUCGCACAAGUUUUCGUGUAAAUUUUGAUAACUCUGAUUCUACUCGUAACACAUUUCUAAUCGAAAUGCAGAAAGUAUACUGAAUGUGACUAAAGUCAAUAUUUUGCCAAAUGAUCGGGAUUGUCUGUCUUUAAUUUCAUAAAUAAACAAGAGAAACGAAAUGAGACGAAAGGCGGGCGUGGGAGCGAUACAGAAGCAAAAGUUGGAACAAGAGAAAUAUCGGGACAAGGGUACAGAGAUCCAGGAGAACCAGUUCGAGCAGAUGACGAAGCACAUGGAGACGUUCCGUGUGAAUCUAGAGGAGUUUGCGAGCAAGCAUAAGAAUGAGAUAAAAAAGAACGCUCGUUUCCGCCGUCAGUUCACGGAGAUGUGCGCUUCGAUUGGUGUAGACCCUCUGGCGUCCGGCAAAGGUUUCUGGUCGGUAUUAGGUAUCGGUGAUUUCUAUUACGAACUCGCUGUGCAAAUCGUGGAGGUCUGUAUGGCAACCAAUUACAAGAAUGGCGGUCUGAUAUCACUGGACGAGUUGAGGACACGCCUGAUUCAGGCCAGAGGACGUAGGAAGGAGCAUCAAGAGAUCACCAAUGAGGAUCUGUUAGCUGCAGCUAAGAAACUGAGAAUUUUCGGCAAUGGUUUCUCCGUAGUUCCUAUCGGUGGCGGUAAAUAUUUGGUUCAGUCAGUACCUGGUGAGCUCAGUAUGGAUCACACAGCAGUGCUGCAUCAAGCUAGUUUAUCAGCGAAUGCGUAUGUCUCCAAGUCUAUCCUGUGCAAAGAAUUAAGAUGGGAGGAGGAUAGAGCGCAAAAAGCUUUGAAUCAUAUGAUGAAGGAGGGACUGGCUUGGUUGGAUGAGCAGAACGAGAGUGAGACAUUAUAUUGGUUUCCUAGUUUAUUCACAGCUUGUAUUGUUUCCAAAGAAUAAAUUCUGUAUCAGUAUCGCUGCCAUGCUGAUAGAAAAUAUUUUGAAGAGAGAAUUCACAUUGUUUCUUGCGAUUUGUAUCUUUCUCGUAAAUAAAGUUGACCAGUGUAACAUA